AUGGCAGAUGCAGUAGAAGCAGGUGCCGGUCUCGCGUGGCGUUUGUUGGCUACCUUGGAAGGAGGGUCACUAUUAGUUGCCACUUCCGCACUAAUAGCUUAUACAGCAAGACUGAAGCUUUGUAAAAAGAGGCGAUAUAGGAUUAUAAACAGCGUUCUAGUAUCUAAUACAUCAAGUCGUAUAGGUCGCGAACUGAAAUCUAAGUUAGAAGCUCACGGUUAUACAGUGCGUGUUCCAAGUGAAGGUAACACAGCGUGUUUGGAUAAAGUGGACGCGCUUGUCGUUAUAGGCGCAGAAUUCGAGCCGGGGUUAGAGGGCAUAUCACAGCUCGUUACUCAAGAUGUAUAUGACAAUUUAAAAUUAUUAGAGACACUAUCGUACUCGGUGAAGCGCGGGGGGUGUAUCACGUGGGCUUGCUCGAGGGGUUCGGGAGGUGCUGGAGCCGCGAGGGAUGCGGGGGGUACGGACACUGCCUAUGCAGCGGCAUCAAGCGCGUUCGACGCCGUGCUGCGAGCCAGCCUGCAGUACAUCGCUAGAAUUUCACAUUGCGAUGGUGUUUGGAUAGAUCGAUGUGCCACCACUGAACAAACAGUGGAUAGAAUCAUCGAUGAAUUUUCCUCUACAACUCCGCAAGAUUCAAUUUUUUCGCUUAGAAACACAGCGCAUAACGUCAGCACAUUCUUUGGGCGAUGGUUGAAGAUGAUUACA